GCCGUCCCUUCCCGCCCCCUUCUCCUUCACGUUCCUCCGACGAGUCUUUCAGUCCCUCCUCUCUUCACCGCUCGAUCGAUCGACGGGAUCCUGUUCUCCGCCUUCUCCUCUUUGGGGGUUCCUGUUCUUGAUCGGUUCUCCGGCCCCAAGUGACCGAUCGCCGGUGUUCCUAGGGAUUGGCGUUCCCUGGGUUUCCUUCCGCUCAUUCCGUGGAACACCAUGGAUCUUUCGCCGGGCACCGAGGAGUACAUCAAAGAAUCCAUCGUGAUCUCGUUGGGCCUCCCGGUGUCCGUCGAGAGCCUGAGCCCGAAGCUCCUUGUCUCCGAGGACACCCGCCGCCGUCUUCAAGAUCAGAUCUUUGUUUUGGAGGACCGCCUCAAGGAGUCCAGCAAGAGAUUAGAGCAGUCCAGGGCCGAGUCGAAUAUGAACGCCCAGGGAGUGAGGAGGUGCGUGGAGGAGAAGGAGGUGAUUGCAUCGCAGUACGCUGAUCUGGUGAAUCACUGCCGCAAGUUGGAGGAGGAGUGCUCUCUGUACGAGCGCGACUUGGAGAGGAUAAUGGAAUCUUGUGAUGAGUUAGCGAAGGAGAACGAGGAGUUGCGGGCACAGCUGCAGCACAUUUCUAGCCUAGAAUCAUUGGCUGCUGAAGCAGAAUCCUUGAAGAAGGACAAGGAACAUUUGAGGACAAAUCUCCACAGAGCUGAAGAGGAGGUCAAGGUUUUCUUUGAAGAAAACAAAAUUCUGGAUGAAGAAAACAAGAAACUGCUGGAAUUACUAAGAAAAGAAAGGCGUCGUCAAGGAUCGGACAGCCACCGAGGCUCUGCCACACCUUCUGCUAAGGGAAAACGUAAGUCGAGUGGCAAAGAUUGUACUAGUCCCCGGGGCUGAUGAUCCAUCUUGGUGCAGCUGAAUCUAUCAAGGCAGCUGUUGUCAUCUCUUCAUCAGAACUCUCUUGCUUCUAGAUUGCACAAGAAGUAAAAAAAAAAAAAAUGCCGAGUAGCCAGCCAUUCCUCCUCCCAUCCUCGAGCUAUGCUACUGCAACCAGCUGCACACAAUCCAACAGCUCUCGUUGUCGUAUGAAGCCUUUGAACUUGGGAUACCGGUUCGAAUUGCCCCUUUCUGUUUCUUUCUAAUUAGGCCAUCUUUUUGCUGACCCUUCAAAUUUCUCACAUCAACUUCAAACCAGCUUCUUCAUAUUACAAUGACCAUUCAUCAAAUGGUUCUGUUUGUUUCAUCCAGUGAAGCUCUUCCUAAUAUUCCAACCUGUAUAUCAUCAACAUUCGGCUGUAACCAGACACGAAUAAA